AUGCUGUUAUCUACAAACUACGGGAACAUAUUAAGAAGACCGAAGAAGAUAAAACGAACCUUACGGGGCCAACUCUUGGAGGUGAGCAACACUCUACGAGCCAGCAAAGAACAUUUUGAGAGUAAAAUAAGGAGCUUAGAAUUCCAUGUAUCUACCACCAAGGAAAAGUUAAACCGAACACAAGGGGAGAACCAGACGUUACUGGGCGAGUUCACGAACUGUAAAAGUGACCUAGAAACGUUCGAGACAGAUCAGAGGACACUGCGGAACAAACUGUCCGAUGUUCAGGCUGUGUUGGUUGCUACGGAGAAGCAGAAUUGUCAGCAGCUCCGAGAACUGCAAGAAGAAGAAAAUCAGAAGAGAGAGGAGAUGCGAGCAGACCAGCACAAUAUUGUGGAAAGUUUGAGGCAGACCAUUUUUUUUUUAAUCUCAACUCUUAUUUUACUUCGGACAUUCCAACAGCCACAUUGUUACACAAGUGUGUAA